AUGCUCUGCGCCACUAGCCGCCUCUUAGCCGCCCGGACGGCGACCGCACUCCCUGCCCAGCCCAGAGGCCGGGGCCCCGGGGCCCGCUGCCGGCGCAGGGAACUACAUUUCCCAGGGCACCCCGAGCUGGACCUGAAUGACUUCUUGACCGGUUGGGAUGAGACUCACUUUGGAAAAAUGGGAAGUUAUUAUAUCAACCGUACCUUUUUCUUUGAUGUACACCCACCUCUGGGGAAGAUGCUGAUAGGUCUUGCUGGCUACCUGAGUGGGUAUGAUGGUACUUUUUUGUUCCAGAAGCCCGGGGAUAAAUAUGAGCAUCACAACUACAUGGGAAUGAGAGGAUUCUGUGCUUUCCUUGGUUCCUUGCUGGUCCCCUUUGCCUACCUCAUUGUAUUGGAGCUGUCCAACUCCCUCCCAGCAGCACUGCUCACUGCUGCCCUUCUCACCUUUGACACAGGAUGCCUCACUCUGUCCCAGUACAUCCUCCUUGACCCCAUCUUGAUGUUCUUCAUCAUGGCUGCUAUGCUGAGCAUGGUCAAGUACAACUCCUGUGCCAACAGGCCCUUCUCUGCCCCCUGGUGGUUCUGGCUCAGCCUGACUGGCAUUAAUCUGGCUGGUGCUUUAGGGGUCAAGUUUGUUGGCCUCUUUAUCAUCCUUCAAGUGGGGUGGAACACCAUUUCAGACCUUUGGCACCUGUUUGGAGACCUCAGUCUUUCAGUGGUGACCGUGGGAAAACACCUGACUGCUCGCAUCCUGUGCCUCAUAGUGCUGCCCCUGACUCUCUACACAGCCACUUACGCUGUUCACUUCAUGGUGCUGAACAAAAGUGGUCCUGGUGAUGGCUUCUUCAGUUCUGCCUUCCAGGCCCGGCUUUCAGGCAACAACCUUCAUAAUGCUUCCAUCCCUGAACAUCUGGCCUAUGGCUCUGUGAUAACCGUGAAGAACCUGCGGAUGGCCAUCGGCUAUCUCCACUCCCACAGGCACCUCUACCCCGAGGGCAUCGGCGCCCGCCAGCAGCAGGUCACCACCUAUUUGCACAAGGACUACAACAAUCUGUGGAUUAUCAAGAAACAUAAUACAAAUGCAGGUCUCUGUGUUCUUGAUGGCUGUAAAUGCCCCACCCCGCCAAAUCCAUAUCCCCUAGACCCUUCAUUACCAGUGGAGUUUGUAAGACAUGGAGACAUCAUUCGGCUAGAACACAAAGAGACUUCUCGGAACCUGCACAGUCACUAUCAUGAGGCCCCCCUGACCCGAAAGCACUAUCAGGUCACUGGCUAUGGCAUAAAUGGGACAGGAGACUCCAAUGAUUUCUGGCGGAUUGAGGUUGUAAACAGAAAAUUUGGAAACCGGAUCAAAGUGCUGAGAAGUCGAAUUCGACUCAUCCAUCUGGUCACAGGUUGUGUCCUGGGCUCCUCGGGAAAGGUCCUGCCCAAAUGGGGCUGGGAGCAGUUGGAGGUUACUUGCACCCCAUACCUAAAGGAAACCCUCAACUCUAUCUGGAAUGUGGAGGACCAUAUCAACCCCAAACUGCCAAACAUCAGCCUGGACGUGCUGCAGCCCAGUUUUCCUGAGGUCUUGCUGGAGUCCCACAUGGUGAUGAUCCGGGGGAACAAUGGUCUCAAACCCAAGGACAAUGAGUUCACGUCCAAACCCUGGCACUGGCCUGUCAACUAUCAGGGCCUGCGCUUCUCAGGGAUCAAUGACACAGACUUCCGUGUGUAUCUGCUUGGCAACCCGGUAGUUUGGUGGCUGAAUCUGUUGAGCAUUGCCCUCUACCUCCUCUUGGGGAGCAUCAUUGCUGUAGCUGUGCAGAGAGGGGCACACCUGCCUGCGGAGGUUGAAGGGUUGUCCCAGGUCCUGCUGCGAGGAGGCGGUCAGCUCCUGCUUGGCUGGAUUCUCCAUUACUUCCCGUUCUUCCUGAUGGGCCGGAUUCUCUACUUCCACCACUACUUCCCAGCCAUGCUCUUCUCCAGCAUGUUGACAGGUAUUCUGUGGGACACUCUCCUGCGGCUCUGGGCCUGGAGCCUGGCCUCCUCUUCCCUGGCCAGGGGCCUGUAUGUGGUGGGAAACCUGAGCCUGCUCCUGGGAACUGCCUACAGCUUCUACCUCUUCCACCCUCUGGCUUACGGGAUGGUUGGUCCCCUAGCCCAGGAUCCCCGAAGUCCCAUGGCAGGACUAAGGUGGCUUGAAUCAUGGGACUUUUGA